UGUACAUUUUUUUGGGAGAGACUGCAAGUAUGGCUGCUGUUAAUUUGAGGGGCGUGAAAUGGAAAAACUAAUAGAGAGAACGUUGCCGCGAAAUGAAACGUCUUAUUUCGCCAGUGCACUAUGAAUCACGAUUUAGCCGUGCCUUGCUUUUAUAAGGAAAUCAAACUAUCCGUGACAUUCCUAUUAUGAAAUGCUGUUUCCCUAAAUGUUUUGGUUUCUUUGUGUAAUACUGUCGCGUAAAAAAAUGGUUUGAAACAUCUAGAUUUUAUAAAUGCAGCUUUUUAGAAAUAGUUUCAUAGUUAGAGUUUGGCGAGAGUGAUAGUCCCCGAAUCCUGCGAUAAAGGGGCGCGUUAAAACAAUGUUUUCGAGGGGACGAAAGCAGGGAAACGAUACGAUUGACGUUGCAAAUAAGAGCUGUUUUAUAUACUUCGACACGUUAGCAUGCGUUCGUACAUGCCUUUUAGUGAUAUUUGCCAUACUUACUUUGCUGUUGAUACUCCUGAAACUUAUAAAGUACCAUGUACUCAGACAUCCUCAAAUUCACCACUUUGCAAUAUUCUAUAUAUCAGCAGGAGAAAUCGUAUUAUGUGCUGCUGCAGCUGCUGCCAACCUUCUUGUCCCACAACUGGAAUUUGCCGCCUACUUUUUACGGUUGCUGCAGCUAGCUGCAGUCUGUCAUCUCCACUGGUCACUGUAUGCAAGGACUCCUGUGCUUGUGCAGAAUGUUGUCAAUCCAGUCCUUUGCCUAUAUAUUCUUUACUGCACUACAGUUGCACUCAUGGGUAUGGUUGACAUAUCUGACACAUGGACACAAUGCAUGCGACCUUACUAUGUAAUGUUGUCAUCUGCGGACUUACUAAUGGUGCAACUAUUUGUUGGUGUAGCACUGUAUGUUACCAGACGUGCUGAUGGAAUAUCUUCUCUUGCCUCAUUCAAGGGCACACAAAAGCGAGAUUUAUGGAGUAUAAUUGUUGUGUAUGAAUUUUCUGCUCUGCUUACUGUUACCCAUGAUGCUGUUAUGCGAUUUGUUGGUACCGAAGCUGAAGGCUGCAGUGCAUUGUUUGCUCACAGACAGAUAUUCUAUUCAAUGGUUGCAUCACUUUUAAUGCUUGUAAAGUUCCUGGUUCCUACAUGGACUUUAUUGUGUGUGUUUCAACCUGUGGAAGGAGAUACUCAUAACUCGGAGGUUGCCCUUGCAAGCCGUUAUAACACAGCGGACGGUACAUCAGAGCCUGGAUUUCAUCAGUAUCAGAGAAUGACAUCGCCUCUGAGCCCACAUCUGCUACCAUUUGUAUCAGACUUUACAUCAUUAGGGAAUGGUGAACAACCACACACGGUAGUGGCUUCCCUUGGUCACAAGAAACUACCUCCAAAGGAUCGCAAGGCAUUGUCUACCAUAAGUGAGGAGUCGUAUCCUGCAUCUGCCCUUGAUAGCCCAUGUAGUCAGCGUGAUACUCUCAGCUGAAUUUGAGUAUAGCCAUUGUUGCAAAAGCUGAGAUGAUCUGAAAACCAAUUGUUCAGCUCUUCCUUGAGGAGACAUCUGGUCAAGUUUAAUUAUUUUUGGAAUAAGAGGAGCAGCAGCUGUAAGGAAAAACCCAAGCAUCAGCUGCAUUGCUGGGAGGCAUGGAAGUAAUGUGUGUUAUCACCAAAACAAACAGAAUUCUUCAUUUACAUACACAUGACGUUGUGUUAGUGCUUUAUGCUGACAGCAACAAUAGACCAGCAGUCUACCAACAAUCAGAGAAAGGAAUUGUACAAAUCUUUCCUUGUGCAUUGAGAUAAAUUUGGUGUGAUCACAACCUGGUUCACUGAAUUAUUGUGAAGGAGCAAUGACAUGACUUAUGCAGAGAACUUAUUUUGAUACACUAUACUGUAAUAAUAUGCUGUUUGUUAUUAUCAUGCUGUGAUUUAUCAUAUGCAAAAAUUGUGAUAGUCAUUCUCAUAUAUUCAGGAUUUAAGUAAAUGAAACAGUGAGGAGGUUGCCUGUAUGGAUUGAAACUGUAGUUCAUUUGCCUUUAAUCUUUCUGCAUAUUUUCUUUAACCAUUUAUUUUGAUACUUUUUGUAGGUUUGUGUGUCUUCCCUGUGUUCACCAGUGUACUCAAAACUUUAUUUUUGCAUUUCAUUCUUUUUUAUUAAAUUCUGUUUUUUAUUAGUGGGA